UCACCCUCCUUUGCGUUUAAUAUAUGUAGCGCAUUCGCAUCUCGAGCAACACAAAUCCACGCGCUUCUCUUUUCUUUUUUCUUGUGCUUUUAGAAUUCGAAUUCUGUUGUGGGAAAUUGAAUUCGAUAAACCCCCCUGCAACCCAUCAAAAUCAUAAGAUUCCAACCAUCCCUCAAUACUCAAUCAUCCUGAUUCUCUGAUCAAAGCCCUAAUUUUGAUUGCUCAUUCGUCACUAAGUUUCCUUCGAAAACCCUAGUAGAUGAAUGCGUGCAUACAAACUCACGGAAAAUGAAGACUGUCUGUAACAAAAAUCUCGAUGUGUUCGAUUUUAAAGACGAGUCUCCUCGAGUUGCUCUUAGGAUUACGAGCAAGCUAGAUAAAAUUAGAAGUGCUGCAAUUGACAAGUAUACAUUUCUCGCAACCGCUGCUGCUGGAGAAAACAUUUCAGCAGAAGAGCUUAAAUAUGUUCCAUCUUUAGGGAUUGAUGCUAUCAAUGUUACUCACAUGGCUACCACCCUUAUAGACGAUCCUUCUGCUGUAAUGGUGACUGAUUCAAAUGAUGCUUUUACAGUUGCUGAACAACCUCCUCCUCAAUCAACUCCAGAACUCAAAAUUGAUUUAUCUGAAUCAGAGAUCAAUGUAGCCACCACAUCAACUUCACCUAGCAACAACAAACUGAAUUCAGUCAUCCUAGAUCUGUUGCCCAAUCUACCUGAAUUCGUAUGUUCUGAUGAUCUAUCUUCAAGGUCUGAAUCUCAUUUGAAGUGCUCACAGAAGCAGGAUGAGGCAAUUGAAAUGGAUCCAGAUGAAAAUGGAAGCUUGUGUGAGGGAUCUUCAUCCUCUUCUGAUGUUGCAGAAGAUGAUGGUGUUGUUGCUGGAACAUCUUCAAAUCACUGCAUAGCCAGGUGGGAAAUGGACAGUGAAGAUAUAGGAGCAGUGGUGUUCUACCCUGAUUACAUGGUGUAUCGUGACAGUUAUUACACAGAUUCUGUAAUAUCUUUUAAUAGCAAUUCGAUCAAAAUGGAAGCUUCAACCACAGAUGGAGAUGACAAAACCUUUAAAUUCAAAUGGGGAAUUGAGGAUAUACUCCAGAUUAGAUCUUAUUGGCAUGAGCAGGUUGAAAUGGCAAUGGUAGUGAUUUAUGUACAUACCAAGGACACAAUACUUACUGAAAAUGUUUAUUGCAAUUCAGACACCAAGCUGAAAUUUGCAGUAAUUGGGUCUCAAUGUCAAUGGUAUGAGAGACUUGAAGCAAUAACAAGUUUGAAUGUCAUAUACAAAGAUUUAUGGACAAACAUGCUCGAUUCAGAGGAUGUUGUUCUUGGACAUACCAUAGAACCCAAUUCCAAAUAUCUUCCCAACUUCAGUCAACCUUUUGAAGAAGUUGUGUAUCCAAAAGGAGAUGCUGAUGCUGUUUCUAUAAGCAAAAGAGACUUUGAUUUACUACAACCAGACACAUUUGUUAAUGACACCAUCAUUGAUUUUUAUAUCAAUUAAAUCUCCCAUGGCAACAAUAAAUAGAGAAGGGGAAUAUGAUAAGGAAUCAUAAUAUCUGAACAACAAUUCUCACUUUCUAUCCAUGUAUUUGAAGAACAAAAUCAAGCCUGAGGAGAAGCACAGGUUCCAUUUCUUCAACAGUUUUUUCUUCCGGAAGCUUGCUGAUCCAGAUAAUGAUCCACUUGAUGCUUCUAAAGGAAUAGCUGCUUUUCAACGUGUAAAGAAAUGGACAAGAAAAGUUAACCUUUUUGAGAAAGAUUAUGUUUUUAUUCCUGUAAAUUAUAACUAUCACUGGAGUCUUCUUGUAAUUUGUAAUCUUGGAGAGGUUGCCACAUACAAAGAUGAAGAUGUAAACAAGUCAAUGAGAGUGCCAUGUGUUUUGCAUAUGGAUUCUAUUAGAGGAAGUCAUACUGGUCUAAAAGGCCUUUUACAAAGUUACCUGAAGGAAGAGUGGAAAGAGAGGAAACAGGAGGCAUCUGAAGACAUAUGCUCAAGAUUUGAUAAUUUGAGAUUCAUUUCCUUAGAGUUACCACAGCAGCAAAAUUCAUUCGACUGUGGUUUAUUUCUGCUGCACUAUGUAGAACUCUUCUUAGAGGAAGCUCCCCUACAUUUUAAUCCAUUUAAAAUCACAAAUAGCUUCAACUUUCUAAAUAUGGAUUGGUUUCCACCUGCUGAUGCAUCUUUGAAAAGAGUAGUUAUCCAGAAGUUAAUCUGUGAUUUACUGGAGAACCCUCAUCAAGAACAACAAUGCCACGUCACCUGUUUGACAACAACAAAUUUCCCAAAAGAUUUUUUGGUGGAAGGAGGUGGGCAUGGGUGUUCUGAAACGGAAUCAGCAAUCCAACAAGGGAAUGGAAUGAUGAUGGAAAAUGAUUCCGAUGUUGUAUCUUGGAAUGAUCCGGUGAUAAUUGAGCAUAACAACACUUCCCAAUCAUCACUGGAAACAUCAACUUCCGGUAAUUGUCAAGAUGAAGACUCGGACUUGGUUGAAAUAGUCAAUGGAAUGGAUUUAGAAGAAGUCGGAAUCGGAUUGAAGAAGAAAAGAGAUGAAUUACGAGAUUGCACUCAGAUUGAUGACGACGACGACGACGAUGAUGAUGAUGAUGAUGAUGAUGAUACAUGUAUAGAUAUGAUGGUCCCUUUCCCUUAUGACCGGAAUCCAACCAAAAAGAUGAGAAUUACACAAGAAGAAUCAAAAGGGGUAUGAAAGAAAAAGCUAAUAUCUCUGAUUUGUGAAUACUAGUGGGUGAUGCUGAUGCAAAGUAGGUAGGUAAAAUGUUUGUUUUAGAGUUUGUGUUGAAACUAAUAUUACUACCCUUUCUUUUGGAGGGAGGGUGUCUUUUUAGUAG